ACAAUCCGAUAGUCUGAUGUUAUCCUUAUAAAUUGUAUACCAUUUUUUGAGGACGAUUUUAUCAUAGCGAGUUCCUGUUUGUGCUGCAAUAAGUUUUUUGAGGUCUCCUAUUGUGUCAUCUGGAUUGCAUUUAACUCGUACUUUCUUUCCCAAUCGAUCGUUGCAUGUAAUUUCCAACAUUUUGAUGCUUUUCUGGAUCUAAAAAUAUAUGAAGUUUUUUAAACGUUUAUUAAUGUACUGGAUGUCUAAUUUUGCAUAUAUCAUUUGGAGUUUGUAGUCAAUAAAUAAACAUAAGUAUGUUAUAAAGGUUUAAGACCUUAUUAAUUAGAUAUAUUUCGAAGAUUUAGGUAACAAAACAUAUAACACGAAAGAUACGUCCGAAUCUGCAAAAGUGCAGCAAAAUUUCAAUAUGUCAGAUGCUUAUCAUUUUCAACUUACUGUAUAUGUCAAAAUUGUUCCUAUAUGCUACUUACUGGAUGUGAUUUAAGUUGUUGCUGCUUCCUGGAUGUAAUGUUUACGAUUUUUGAUUCAGUUUAUGAAUUUCAAAUAGCCGUUGAAACUUACUGAACGCAACUUUUGUGUAACUGUUGUUUGAAAUUCAAAAAUUGAACCUAAUUGAAUUGAAGAGAAAACGAAAAUUAAAUCUAAGCACACUCAAAAUAAUAUCUAGACGCACUCAAUUGUAGGAAAAAAAUAAGUGACAGUAAAGCAAAUAAGUUAAAUGUUUUUUUACAAAAUUAGACGUGAAAACAGUAUUUUAAAGCUAUUAAUUUUAGUGCAAUUUAUAUCUAAGACACUAUAAUUAUAGAAAAAAAAUAAGUGACUAUGAAAAAGUGUUGAUUUAAGAGAGAAAUUUCAAAAAUAAAAAAAAGGGAAUUAAUAGUUCGAGUUUUUGCCCGGUUGUGUUGAAAUAUUCCCUAAUUUAAGAAAAAUUGAUAGUUAAUAAAUACGCGAGCGGAGAAACAGAGAAGAAAAUCGGGGUGUUGUCCAUUAAAUAUUAGAAAAUAUUUGAUAACGAUAUCGUGAGGAAUAUUAUAAGUGAAGUGUCAAGUGCUAAGAUAUUUUAAAAAUGCAUUAAAGUGUGUGGAAAAAUGUAGAUCAUAGAUCAGAAAAAAAAAUAAUAUAAGAAAAAGUGCCAAAAGAGCAAAGUUAAAGCAACAGUGAGAUUGUGAGAAAAGUAAUAAUUAAAGUGAACUCAAGAGCUUGUAGUUUAGGAAAGAAGAUUUAAUAAAUAACAACAAUGUUCAAGUGCAUUCCGAUAUUUAAAGGAUGUAAUCGUCAAGUGGAAUUUGUGGAUAAACGUCACUGUUCCUUGCCAAAUGUUCCCGAAGACAUUUUGCGUUAUUCAAGGAGCUUAGAGGAGUUGCUGUUAGAUGCAAAUCACAUCAGAGAUUUGCCCAAGAAUUUUUUCCGACUACAUCGACUUAGAAAGCUUGGCCUGAGCGACAAUGAAAUUCAUAAACUUCCUCCCGACAUACAAAACUUUGAAAAUCUUGUAGAAUUAGAUGUAUCGAGAAAUGAUAUCCCAGACAUUCCAGACGACAUUCGUCACUUACGACUGUUACAGAUUGCUGAUUUCAGUUCGAAUCCAAUUCCAAAAUUGCCAGCGGGCUUCUCGCAACUUAAGAGUUUGACAAUAUUAGGCUUAAAUGAUAUGUCCUUGACCUCAUUGCCAGCUGAUUUUGGAUGUUUAACACAAUUGGAAUCGCUCGAGUUGCGUGAAAAUUUAUUGAAAAAUCUUCCUGAAUCAAUAAGUCAGUUAACAAAGCUUGAGCGCUUAGAUUUGGGUGAUAAUGAGAUAGAAGAAUUGCCUCCACAUUUAGGCAGUCUACCGUCACUACAAGAGCUUUGGCUAGAUCACAAUCAACUGCAACGUUUACCGCCUGAAAUCGGUAAUUUGAGUAAUUUGGUGUGCUUAGAUGUAUCGGAGAAUCGUCUUGAGGAUUUACCUGAUGAAAUUGGAGGCUUAGAGAAUCUUACAGAUUUACAUUUAUCACAAAAUCUAUUAGAAUUUAUACCGAAUGGUAUUGAAAAAUUGACAAAACUGACAAUAUUGAAAUUGGACCAAAAUCGCUUACAUGUGCUCAAUGAAUCCAUAGGAUCAUGUGAAAAUAUGCAGGAGCUCAUACUGACAGAAAAUUUCCUUAUUGAAUUGCCAAAUUCAAUUGGACGUAUGAAGAAACUAAAUAAUUUAAAUGUCGAUCGUAAUGCACUCAUAUCCUUACCACCGGAUACUGGUAAUUUAAUAAAUCUGGGUGUGCUGAGUUUGCGGGACAACAAAUUAACAAAAUUACCGAAUGAGCUGGGGAAUUGUACUGCAUUACAUGUAUUAGAUGUGUCUGGAAAUCGUUUGCAAUAUCUGCCAUAUUCAUUAGUUAACUUACAACUUAAAGCUGUAUGGUUAUCGGAAAAUCAGGCACAACCAUUAUUAACAUUUCAACCAGAUACUGAUGAUGCAUCCGGUGAACAAGUCCUAACAUGCUUCUUACUUCCUCAACAAGAAAUGCAGCCCGUUAGUCCAGAUUUAGCACCGGGAAGAUUAUAUAGAUCAAAUCAAAAGUUCGGUUCGAUGGAUUUGUCUGAUAUAACACAAGAUAAUCGUGAAGAUUCUGAUAAUGAAGAUUGGCAGGCACGAGAGGAGUCAAGAACGCAUUCGGUUAAAUUUAGUGAAGACUCGGCAACCGACAAGGAGACACCGUUUGUUCGACAAAACACUCCACAUCCAAAAGAACUUAAACUUAAAGCUCAUAAAUUGUUUUCGAAAGAUAAGAAGGAUGAUGAGUCGCAGCUGAAUCGUUUGCCUGAAGAGUCACAACGCACGGAGGACGAUGAACUAAUAGAAGAAUCCCAUCCAGAAGUAAUUGCAUAUCAAGAAGUGUCGUCAACAGUUGUGCAUACAGAAAUUCAUAACAAUUUUAUAUCACCAAACGAUGAUUCUGGCGAGAAACGUGUUGUCUUUCCCGAUGAAGACGAUCACAAUGAGGAUGAGGAAAAUGAUAAACGACCCGUAUCAAAGUUACAUCGUCGUGAUACACCACAUCAUUUAAAGAACAAACGUGUUCAACAACAUUUGAAUGAUAAAGCAUCAAAUGUGAUUCUUAGUAAAUUAAAGGAGAAACCACACAUUAUAUCAACUGUUGAGGAGGUCCAAAGUAUUGAAAUGAUUGAAAGCGUUGAUAUGAUUCAAAAUCUAGACAUGAAUUCAAUGCCAAUCGGACAAGAUGUUGGAUUGCCAAUUGUUGAAGAAAUUCCGGAUGUUAACCAGAAUGGAAUUGAAAUAUCAUCAAAUUCAAAUGAUUCGACGGAUGCUCUGACAGCAUUGAAAAUCGAAAGAUUAGAAAUUCACAUUGAACGUACAUCUGCUGGACUUGGUCUAAGUAUUGCAGGUGGUAAAGGAUCAACGCCAUACAAAGGAGACGAUGAAGGUAUUUUUAUAUCGCGUGUCACAGAAGGAGGACCAGCAGAUAUGGCAGGCUUACGUGUAGGCGAUAAAGUGGUUAAAGUAAAUGGCGUUUCCGUUGAGGAAGCUGAUCAUUACGAUGCUGUUGAAGUUUUGAAAGCAUGCGGUGCAGUUUUGGUGCUAGUUGUUACGCGUGAAGUCACAAAACUUGUUGGACAUCCAGUCUUCUUUGAAAAUGGAGAGCUCGCAAAAAUUGCAUAUGAUCAUAAAGAGACGACAAAUGCAAAAGUCAUUCCAGCACCAAUACAUAUUCCGACCGAACAAAAUGAAAUGCAAUAUCAUAAUGAAACACCACAUUCCGCUCCAAUUUUAGACACAUCUACGGGUCAUCAUGCAGUUGCUAGUCAUAUAUUGCAUGGAACUUCCGAUGUUGUACACAAAAUAACGCUACAUACCACGUUAAUAAGAGAUCAAAUUGGCCAGGGACUUGGGUUCAGUAUAGCUGGCGGCAAAGGACAUGCACCGUUCGUAGACGGAUCAGAUGGAAUUCAUAUUUCAAGACUUACUGAAGGCGGCAUUGCACAACGUGAUGGAAAAGUUCAAAUUGGCGAUCGUAUUAUAGCAAUUAACGGUGUUGAUAUGCGAUCGGCUAAUCAUGAUCAAGCUGUUCAAUUACUAACCGAUACACAGAGAUUUGUGCGUCUCGUGAUUGAACGUGAAGUGAAGGGACCACUCGAAAUGCCUCAAAGUCCACGUAGUCCAUUAUUAAAAGGUCUCAGUCCCACUGGAUAUAUGGCAAAUCGUCCAACAUACACGGGUUACAGAAGAUCAAUUGGAGACAUUCUAGAGUCUAGCAGUGACACAACAUCACACAAAAACAAAGUAGUAGAAGUAGAAAAUCAUAACAAUAAUAAAGUAACAACAACAGCAACAAUCAUAACACAAAAUACAGAAAAUAAUAAUGCAACAUUACCAUCAUCAACAUCCUCAUCAUCAUCAGCGGGCACAAUACAAAAAGAUUCGCCAAACAGCAAUGAAGCAUUCAUCCAAAACGAAAAGCAAGCACAAGUUCAAGCUCCUCAGCCAGCACCACGUACAAGAUUAUCAUCACAAAAUUCCGUACCAUUAACAAAUGGUACAGCAGCAACAACAAAAAGUGAUGAUGCAGCACAGGGACCACGUCCAAUGACGAGUGAUGAUUUCCAAGCAAUGAUUCCAAAACAUUUCAUUAGUGGUGACAAAAGCUAUGAUGUACAAAGAUCGUCACCAGCAUUAGAGCAAGGAGCAUCAGCCGUAACAGUAACGGUAAAAAAGGGAAGUGCAGAUUUGCCAAUGCUACCGCCAGCACCAACAGAUAUAGGAUUCGUUACAGAAACAAUCACAAAAUCUACAUUAACAGAGACUGUAAUGACACGUGUCACAGAUAAUCGCUUAAUGGAGCCAUUAAUUAGUGAGGAGGUAGUUUUGCCGAAAAAUCAGGGACCACUUGGAUUCUCCAUAAUUGGAGGAACAGAUCACUCAUGUGUUCCAUUCGGCACGCGUGAUCCUGGAAUAUUCAUAUCGCACAUUGUUCCUGCUGGAAUAGCUGCACAAUGUGGUAAAUUGAGAAUGGGAGAUCGUAUAUUAAAAGUAAAUGGAACAGAUGUGACUACUGCUACACAUCAAGAAGCUGUAAUGGAAUUAUUGAGACCAUGCGAUGAUAUUAAAUUAACAGUUCAGCAUGAUCCUUUGCCAGCUGGUUUUCAGGAAGUGACAAUUAUAAAAACUGACGGUGAACGAUUGGGUAUGCACAUCAAGGGAGGCCUCAAAGGUCAACGUGGUAAUCCAUUAGACCCAAAUGACGAAGGAGUAUUUAUAUCGAAAAUAAAUAGCAGCGGUGCUGUACGACGAGAUGGUCGUCUUAAAGUAGGCAUGAGAAUUUUAGAAGUCAAUGGUCAAUCAUUGCUUGGCGCAACGCAUCAAGAAGCAGUCGAUAGUUUACGAUUAAGUGCAAAUCGUUUAAAUUUAGUUGUUUGCAAAGGAUACGAUAAAUCCGAUUUAAUUCAUGGAAUGAUCUCAUCUGGUACGGGAAGUCGUUUGAGUAGUCGUGCAUCAGAAACAGGCAGCGAAUUAAGUCUGGAUCAGGAUGAAUUAGAGAACUCUACAGUCAUACAGAAUUCACAUGCAGAAAGCUUAAUUAAUAAAUCUGAUGAUGUAUUCGAAGAGUCAAAACCAAAUGAACUGGUUAAUACGAGUCAAGAGAUUGCACGAUUGGCAAAUGAAGUUGCAUUGCUUAGUCAGCUUGAAAAUGAAAAUGCACUCGUUAAGGUGAAGGAAAAGAGUACGCCAGAAAAGGUAUUAGAUAUCGUAAGAGCCGCAGAAUCAUUGGCACUCGGAGAUGUAAUUCCACCAAAAUCACCUGUAGAACAUCACGAAUCAUUACAAAAGACCACAACAAUUGUAAUGUCAAAGCACACAUUAGAUACAUUAAAUUCCGCACCAACUGCUGAGAUUCAGCAGCCAGCACAACAACAACAACCGAUGCAAACGACGCCACCUUCACAGUCCCCAACACCGCCAUCAUCAGCAAAAUCUGAAACACCUAAAACGGUCUCGGAUAAGAAGCGUUUCUUUGAACAUGUAAUGGAAGAUCAACAAAAACCGACACCCAAAUCAGACAAGUCUUUCUCAUUCCUAUCCGAAGAUGAAAUUCAAAAGCUAAGGCAAGAGAAUGAGAAAAAGAUUGCAACAAUCACACGCGAAACGAAGAAGAAAAUUGCAUCUGCAACAGCAACCGAUAAUAUCAAUAAUAAUGAUGAAUUUGAUGUUAAUGAAGACGAUGAGGAAUUUUAUCGCAAUAAAAAUCUUAUCAUUAGUCAACACGUGAUGGACGAUGAGGAGGAUGAGGAUGCAACAACGAGAUCAAAAUCACCAUCAAAAUCUCCCAUUAGUCGAAUACCAAUUCGUACAGCAAAGGCGGAAAAGCGUGCGAGAGAAUUGGGACUGAUUCAAGAUAUUGAUGAAACGCAACUAUCACCAUCUGAAUUGAGAACAUUAAGAGCGGAAAAACGGGCUGCAUGGCGUCAAGCGAGACUAAAAUCAUUGGAGCAAGACGCCCUUCAAGCUCAAAUCAUGAUACAACGCCUAAACAAUGAACCAUCAUCGGAUGAUAUUAGAAAUCUGAAGAAGAAGAUGCAACGUGAUAUGCUCGAUGGUGUUGAGGAGGAAGAGUCUAACGAAGAUUUAAUAACAAAAUCCGCAAAAAGUCGACUAAAAUUUCCCCGAAUUGCAAUAAAACUUCGCCCUGGUCAAGUGACGGUGAGAGAAAAGGAGACAAUCCUUGAUGAGAAAAUAAUUCAACGAACUGAAGAGGUCUCGGAUCCUAUCACAGGUGAACCGACUUUUCAGACUUUCGAAUAUGUUGAGAAAGUCAUCGAGAGAGAGGUUGAAACGUGUCAAGAGAAGAUUUUCUCACUCGAAUUGGAAGAUCCAAAAUCAUUAGAGUCACCAUUGACACCCACAUCGACACCAAUAACCGAGCAAUUUAUUUCAUCAUUACAAUCGUCAAAUCUAAUGGAACAACAGUAUUCGGCCGAUGAGAGUGAUGAUAAUCAAUCGAUGGUUACAGUAUGUCCAAAUAAUACCGAAGAUACAUUCAUUCUACAUCCAACAGAUCCAUCAGAUUAUAUUAAUGCUAAUGUAAAUACUCUCAUGUCAUCGGAUGAUCAACAUGACUACAAAGAUGAGGAUGAUGAUGAGAUUGAAUAUUCUAAUCAGAUCAAUACAAUCGUACAAGUUGUUAAUCCAUUACUAGUUGGUGAUGGUGCAGCAACCGAAAUUGCCAUUGGACACUCAGAUGAUUUAUCAUCAUUUAAUAAUGAUCUAGAAGAUUAUGGUGAUGGUAUUACAUAUCGUCAAGAACUGUCGCUUAAUGAUAAAAUGAAAAAUGUCCUAAAAGAGCUGAAACAAAAUGAGAAAGUUCGUUUGAGUUGGUCGCGAAGCAUGGAAGAAGAUGAUGAUGAUGAGGAGGACAUAGAGAAUUUCGAGAAGCACGAAAAGGAAUGUGAAGAAGAUGAUGACAAUAACAUUGUAAGUACGUCGUAUGAAGAGAAAACAGGCAGUAUUGGAACUGUCUUUAUGGUUCGUGAGCGUCUCAUAAAUGACUUUUAUGAUCAUCAGCAACAUCAUGAUAUUGAUAAUCAAGCGAGCAUUGACAGUUGUCAAGUAUACUCGAAUCCUGGUGUCGAUGAAUUUCUUGCACAUGAGAUUCAAUAUUCACAAGAGUCACUAAGUGCACGUAAGGAGGCAUUGACACUUGAACUUACUGAAACAACAGCAACAACAAGUCAAUCUAAUGAGAAUGGUGAGGAAGACGAUGAAAAUGAUGAAGAUGAGGAUACAUCCACGACUGAUAAUACGCCUUCGACACCUACAAAGUCUUUAGUGCAAGAAGAAAGCACUAAUGUCGGCAGCAGUACAUCAAAUAACAAUUCUAGCAAGAAAAAGCGCCGAAAGGGUAAAAACAAGUCAAAGAAAUAAACGAAAACUGAAGCAGUCAAAGGAAUAGGGGAGAGGAAAUGAGGCAGCAAAUAAACCUUGAUGAUGCUCUUAAAAAUAUAUUUUUUUGUUGAUGAUGAAGGUUGAUAAACAUUGACAACGACAUACGGCAGAAGUUUGGAUAGGAGAGGGAGAUAGAUAAAUAUGAAUAUCAAUUUAACGAGAUGAACAUUUAACAAAAAGCACACAUUGCUAUAAAAAUGAGAAAGAAGGAAUAAGUUCCUUGAUAGCGCCACAAAUCGAUUGAGUCAACAGUCAAUAUUACAUUCACAUUUUGGCAUAUCACACACAACUGUUCAUAAAAAAAUAGCAUACGUACAAUGUAAAGUGAGAGAGAUAAGGAAAAUGUAUAAUAUCAUGUACGAGAUAUUUUUUUUGUUCCUUGAAUGAAGAAAAAAAUUUCUGCCUCGAAGCCAAAUGUGAUUUACAUAAUGCAGAUCUUAGCGAAUAUGUGCGCUUCCUUCAGGUACACACAUAUUCCCACUUAAAAAUACGCUUGACAAAUUUUUUCACUAUCUGACUUCGUUAUUGUCAUCAUGACUUUAUAAAUAUCGAUGAAAAUUUCUUUCUUCGCUUCUUCUCUCGUCGCUUCCAAUGAGUUUUAAAUGCGAUUUUUAUUUUUCCUGUCGUAUGAAGCAAGAAAUGAAAUUUUAUUAAAGCAUAUCAAGAGGAAACUUUUCUUCUUCCUUCUCAUUUUUUAUUUCGAUGUCUUCAAUUUGAAAUUGCUAAAAUCUUGUGAAAGCAUUCUUAUCAGUAGAUGCAUUCAGACCUUUUUCACUUAAGUGACUUUUCUUCAUUCUAGAAUUAUUGUUGAAAAUUGUUCAAGUGAAAAAGUUGGACAAAUUGAUAGGAACACGGGGCAUUGUUAGGCAAGUUGAUUCUUAUUUGAGGUGGAACUUUUUGAUCAAGUUUAAUUGAAAAGAAAAUUCUUUUUAAAGUUGUUGGGAAAAUUUAAACAAUUGAAAAAGUUGGUUUUAAGUUGAAUUUCAAAUUGAAAUGAAAUUUUUUGACUAUUUUCUAAUAGUUUUAUGACAAAAACUUCCAAAAAUAACACCUGACUUGCAUAAUUUGUAAAUUUAAAAAGUGUGAAAUCAUUUUUAAAUGACCCAUUUUCAAUUACUUCCUCAAUCGACCUACAAAUGAAUACUGAGGCAUUAAUUUUUGAAGAAUUCUCAUUAAUAAUAUAUUUGUGCUGUAUAUUACCCGACCAAAAACCAUUAAGUUCUCUAAAAUAAAAAGACCAACUCCCUUCCUAGUAAAACACGCACUAAAAAAUCGAAUAAAUAAUUAAAAUUUUAAAUGAAUUAAGAACAAGAAAAAAAGUUCAAUUACGAAAAAGGUCACUUCCAAAAUAAUUUAAAGCCUCUUUUUAUUCGAAUUAAUAAAAUUUAAUUGUUGAUAUUUGAGUAUUUUUUUGAAUUAGAAUUUCAAUUAAUUCACAUAAAUGAAAUUAAAGGUUCGACAUUUUUUUUAUUGCUUAAUAUUUUUUUAAGUCAUAUUUUAAGAAUGAAUGAUGAAAAUAUUUCCAUGGAAUUAAAAUUGUCGAAAAGUUUUUAAAUCUAUCCGUCCCAAAGUAAACGAAAAGUAUGAAAAAAGAAGAAAACAUGGAUCAAGAGCUUUAUAAGCGAGAAAGAAACUUGAAUCUAAAUGGAUUUAUUUAUUAUUCAUAGCUAUUGAUAAUGGUUAAAAAAGCGAAUGUUAAACCCCAAAAUAAUAUUCAUUUUAGUGUGGAAAAUUUAAUUCUUGUGACAUCAUCAUGAUGAAAGUAUUAUAAAAUAUAUACAAAAUAAAAUAGUUAAUUAAGUUUGCAUUUUAAUUUAAAUUUUAUGGAAUAGUUUUUAAAAAAUAAUAAUUUUAUUCUGCAGUUAAAUGACUAUCAAAAUGCUUGCUGUAACAGUUUGGCUUUUGAUUUUUAGAAUGGUUGAUGGGAUUUUAAAUUCUUACAAGUAAGCAGGGGUGUUGCUGAUAAACGAUUGAAAAUCAAGAGUGUAGUCAGGACCAAUAUUGACAACCUUAGUCUUUGCAUAGUAAAUCUUACGUACUAAUUCAAGUAUAUUUUAAAAAUGUCCUUUGAAAUUGACAUUUUCAUACAUUCAUAAAUAUUUAAUUGUUUUUAAAUGUCAAGUCACAAUUCUUGUAUGAUUGAUUGUGUUUCUCUUCAAAAUAUCUUUAAAUUAAGGCAUAAGUUUGCGGAAUUUAAAAAUUUUAUGAAGAUUUGUGUCUUACUUUUAAAGGACAAGUCAAUUGCAUUUUUCACAUACACAGCAACAGUAUUUUUUGUAAGAUGAAGGAAGCACUGGAUAAUUUUUAACAGAUUUCGCUAAUUUCAUAAUUUUUAAUGCUUUCAUAAUUUAUCCUCUGAAUUGUGUUAAAUUUUGGUAAAAGUCAAGAUAUAUGACAACAUAAUUAUUAAAUUGAAAUAAGAGGAAAUUUUAUCCAUUAGCGAAAUUGUGUUUAAAAGAUUAAUGAAGAACGAACUCACGAUAAGUUCAAUUAUUUUUAAUAAUUUUAAUGGCAAAAAUGAUAAAUUUAAAAAAUGAAAUUCGUUUUAUAAAAAUAAUAUUCUAAUUAAAUAGAGAAAAUCGAUGUGCAUUAGAAAAUAAAAUUCUUAAAAAUUUAAAUAGAGAAUAUAUUUUUUAAAAAAAUUCAAAAAAUAAGUAGAAUGUAGAAAGUUUUAAUAAUAACUUAAAUUUCUAUAUGAUAAAUGUUAUGCAUAUAUGCCCUAUUUACAAUGAUACUUUAAUGUGUAUUAUUUAUAAGUCGAAGAA